GAUAGAUUCCGAUUUCAAAGAUGGUGGACGAAGCAACAAAGCGAACGGUUGCAUCUAUUCCCACUUUAAAAACAAAAGCUGGACCUCGCGAUAGCGAUGCUUGGGUUCAGAGGUUAAAAGAGGAAUAUACCAGCUUGAUCAAGUAUGUGAGUAACAACAAAGAAGCAGACAACGACUGGUUUAGACUUGAAUCAAAUAAGGAAGGAACGAGAUGGUUUGGUAAAUGCUGGUAUGUCCACAACCUUUUGAAGUACGAAUUUGACAUUGAAUUUGAUAUUCCCAUUACAUAUCCUACAACUGCUCCGGAAAUAGCCAUUCCAGAACUUGAUGGUAAAACUGCAAAAAUGUACAGGUAAAAUUAAUCUUUGCUUCAU